GAAACAACUUUAGCUUAAUGAAGCAGUUUUAGUAUAUAGACCAUGUCCCUGCAGUCUCUUUGCUCAAUUCUCUGCCAUUUAGGCGUUAAAUAACUCUUGUUUAUUUUUAUGCAGCUCUGGCCAUACCUCCCCUGGCAGUGACUAACAUCGCAGAAGAUUUAAAAAAAGGUCUAAAUUAAACAGACUGUGCUGCUAAAAAUGAAGUUUAAACAUUGCAUCUCUCUUUACAGGAAGUGUUUUGGAAGGCUGUGCAAGUCACAUACAAGGAUGUGUUUCUAGGACUGUAUGAAAAAGUGAUUUAACUUUGAGCAGUGAGACUGCAGGGGUAUGAUCUAUACACCAAAAAUUUGUAAUUAAGCGAAAGUUAUUUUGGUGUUUAUAGUGUCCCUUUAAAUCAAGAAAGCAGAAAGACUUCAUGAUGGGUGUUCUGUCUAUUAGGCUUCUAGUUAACAGGCUGUGCAGUGAUGUUCUCAUCUUCUGACUUAAUUCUACAAUUCUAUUCACAGGCACACCUCUCUCCAGCCCCGUGAGACCAUCUCCAGGCUCUCGCAGGAAGGAAGUUCUCACAUUUGACGAUGACACUGAUGACAUCAUGGAUGCCUUGGGCUUUGGAGACAGCCCACAAACACCUCAGAAAAAAGAGAGGUAUCAACUGCCACAUACAGGCAAACCCCAAAGACUGUAUAUAUAAUAAAGUGCAAGAGUUUGUAGCCCGCAGGUAUUAUGAUAAAAUGUUUGCUAGUUACUCACUUAACUUAAACUCAGCAUUUUUUUAUUUAUUUAUGGGAAACAUUCGUCUAAAUUAGAUUUAGGAUCAUUUCUAUUAUUUUUGGGCUUCAAUGGCAGAGUUCAAGAAAACCACAUUUCUUUGGUUCUGAACACUUCGCAGUUCCUAUGCUUCCUGGCUGAUGUUUUGGUCACUUUUGAAUUCUGGCGGUGCUUUCACUCUAGUGGUAGCAUGAGACAGAGUCUACAACCCACACAAGUGGCUCAGGUAGUGCAGCUCAUCCAGGAUGGCACAUCAAUGCGAGCUGUGGCAAGAAGGUUUGCUGUGGCAAGAAGGUUUGCUGUGUCUGUCAGCGUAGUGUCCAGAGCAUGGAUGCGCUACUAGGCCAGUACAUCAGGAGACAUGGAGGAGGCCGUAGGAGGGAAACAACCCAGCAGCAGGACCGCUACCUCCGCCUUUGUGCAAGGAGGAACAGGAGGAGCACUACCAGAGCCGUGCAAAAUGACCUCCAGCAGGCCACAGAUGUGCAUGUGUCUGCUCAAAUGGUCAGAAACAGACACCAUGAGGGUGGUAUGAGGGCCCGACGUCCACAGGUGGGGGUUGUGCUUACAGCCCAACACCGUGCAGGAUGUUUGGCAUUUGCCAGAGAACACCAAGAUUGGCAAAUUCGCCACUGGCGCCCUGUGCUCUUCACAGAUGAAAGCAGGUUCCCACUGAGCACAUGUGACAGAGUCUGGAGACGCCAUGGAGAACGUUCUACUGCCUGCAACAUCCUCCUGCAUGACCGGUUUGGCAGUGGGUAAGUAAUGGUGUGGGGUGGCAUUUCUUUGGGGAGCAGCACAGCCCUCCAUGUGCUCGCCAGAGGUAGCCUGACUGCCAUUAGAUACCGAGAUGAGAUCCUCAGACCCCUUUUGAGACCAAAUGCUGGUGCGGUUGGCCCUGGGUUCCUCCUAAUGCAAGACAAUGCUAGACCUCAUGUGGCUGGAGUGUGUCAGCAGUUCCUGCAAGACUAAGGCAUUUAUGCUAUGGACUGGCCCGCAUGUUCCCCAAAAUUGAAUCCAAUUGAGCACAUCUGGGACAUCAUGUUUCGCUCCAUCCACCAAUGUCACGUUGCACCACAGACUGUCCAGGAGUUGGCAGAUGCUUUAGUCCAGGUCUGGGAGGAGAUCCCUCAGGAGACCAUCCGCCACCUCAUCAGGAGCAUGCACAGGCAUUGUAGGGAGGUCAUACAGGCACGUGGAGGCCACACACACACACUACUGAGCCUCAUUUUGAUUUGUUUUAAGGACAUUACAUGAAAGUUGGAUCAGCCUGUAGUGUGUUUUUCCACUUUAAUUUUCAGUGUGACUCCAAAUCCAGACCUCCAUGGGUUGAAAAAUGUGAUUUCCAUUUGUUAAUUUUUGUGUGAUUUUGUUGUCAGCACAUUCAACUAUGUAAAGAACAAAGUAUUUCAGAAGAAUAUUUAAUUCAUUCAGAUCUAGGAUGUGUUAUUUUUGUGUUCCUUUUAUUUUUUUGAGCAGUGUGUGUGUGUGUGUGUGUGUGUGUGUGUGUAUAUAUAUAUAUAUAUAUUUAUUAUUUAUUUUAUUUUUUAAUUUACUUAUUUUAUUAUUAUUAUUUUUUUUUCAUUAAUAGCAUCAGAUAUUAUGGAUUUGGGUGUAGAGGGGAGUGUCUAAUGGUAAGAAUCAUUAUUUUACAGGUAUUGGUUUUCUUGGCCACAUAGUCAUUAUUAUUAGGGUGAGCCGUUGGUAGGAUACUUUUAUGUGAAGGGUAUUGCUGUGGGUUUGGGGAACCCUAGUAACCUGGACUGGGAACUUAAAAACAAUUUGGGGAUUUGGACAUUAUCAUGUCCACCCGCUUGUAUAUUUAAUUAGAGCCCCCACGUGGAAAGUGGGAAGAUAUUAGGUUCCACCUCCCAUGUAUUAUAUUAUUAAUAACCCCUAUUAUUUCAUUAAAAGGGGUGACUAAGUACCCUCCAUCAUUUUACAAUCCCCACCCCCAUAGGAUGGGGCAUUUCUACAACUGAACAGCAAUGACUGCACAGUCUCUAGUGUUGAGUCGCUGUGGCUGCUCACUAUUUAGUAGAUUUUCCCCACCCAUGGCACUUGGGAGCUGGAGGGAGGUUUUACAUCUCCAUUAUACUAAUAUGAGGAUCACAUUGACACCCAAACGCUCAUAUUAUUUUUUCCUAUUUAAUGUGGCAGCUGGCUAGCAGGUGUAGGCUUACUGCCACAGGGUUAUUUCUCGCACUGAGGAGGACCUCCACCCGCCAGCAAAUAGGCCAUUCUGACUUUAGUGAAUAGAAUUAGUUUGUCGGUCGCAGUAAGUAUCUGUCAGCAGUUCUAGCAUGAAUACUUACAAAGAUGUUUUUUUUUAUUUAUUUUUUUCAUCAAGCAUAUUCAAUAAAAGAACAAAUGUGUUUCAUUGCAGUCCAAAAAUACCCAAAUGCAUGUACAAAAUGUACAGCUUAUUUAGUAUUCCUGCUCCUCUGUACAGCCCUACCACUAUUAAAGGAGUAGGACAUUCCAUUUUGCUACAGAAUCUCUAAAAGUUCCUUUUUUGUAAUGGAAUUCAUCUAUCAUUAGUAAUUAAGGGGUUAAUGCAGUGCAUCUAUUAGUGCAGUCUAAUAGAUAAGAAAGAACUGUCUAAGAUCUGCUGUAUUCAAUUCUACAUAUUGCCUGAUUUAGUGAUGUAUUUUCCUGUAGUCUAAGUUUUCUACUAUUCCAUAUCAGUCCUGCUACUCCGUAUGAUUCCUGUUACUCUAUAUAACUGUGUAGCUCCACCACACGCCCUGCGCGCUCCAAACUGGAUGAACUAAUGGGACUGGGUACAGCUGCCAAACUCCUGGAGAGGCCUCCAACCGGGGAAAGAAAAGAAUUCAAACUUGAUCCAAAGUAUCAAAAGCAGCCAGGUGAGACGAUACGUCCAUGCAAACUAUACAAACAGCUCAUUGUACACUCUAAUCUCUUUGUCUGUGGUCUAACAUAAAAAGGAGGUAGAGAUGUGACCAGGAACAUGUGUUUUGACAGAAAAGGAGGACAUUCUGGCUGAUGAAGAUAUUGCAUUUGGUUCCUACCAGCCCACCAUAAUAACCAGUCCAGAAGGACGCAUGUCUCGGCGCUCAUCUGUCAGGUGCAACUUAUACGUUUUCUUUCGUCUUAUCUGUCUGUAUGACUGAUCACACAGAUAUUCUCUACACUCUAGUAUCUGAAUACAUUUUUAUUCACCAUUACAGAAAAUUAUAUUUUGUUCCAUCGUGGACCUUUAUUCAACAUCUUUCUAUCUAUUUACACUGGUUACAGAUUCUCUGCAGAAAGUAAUGAAAAUGUAAAGGCUAAUGUAAAAUCUCAGCCUUCCACUCCAAAGGCCCGAAGUCCAUCACGGGGAGAUAGAAGUGGGGCUGAUUGGCUAGGCUUAAGAGACGAUGACAUCCUGGAUGCAGCACCUUCACUCCCUAUGAGAGAGCCGUUGUCUCGAUCCUCUGCAGUGACUCCGACAUCUACAAGUCGGCCCCAGUCUGGGGCUGAAAAUGGUCCCGCAGCUAAACCAAGGGAAAGCAAGCCGGAAGCUGCAAGUAAGUACCAAGAGAAGGAGAAGGAUGAGUGGCUAACAAGUGCCCUUGCUCGCAAGAAAUCCCAGAAACAGGAAAAAGAGGAGGAGAAACCACAGGCUCACAAUGUCACGGCUGAGAUUACUGGCAACAGGUGAGAAUUAUAGAAGUUUUAAAGAGUAUUUUAAAAUUGUGCUUACUUAAUAUAUAGAAUAUCAGAGGAAGUAUAUUUCAUUACAUUAUUGUUAAAGGAGAGAUGACUUGUGGACUCGGAUAUUUGGAUUUCCUAAUGUUUUAUUUAACAGCAAAUAAUGGUCUAAUUGUCCAAUGGCUUUCUACCAACCAAUGUUCUCUGAAAAAUCCACUGAUCCAAAAUCCCUCCAACAGCAUAUAAAAGGGGAAAAAGAGAACUCAUGGGCUACAACCUUAACGGAACAUUCCAAUGGAAAACAUAUUUUUUUUUUUAAAUCAAUUUAGUAGACAUAUUCCCAAUGAAAACAUGCCUGUAUUUAAUUAUGCAUUUUCUCAUUGGGUUUAUAUAUCUUGUCUGCAGCCUUUGCAAGCCCUCAUCUUCAAACCCCGCCCAUACUUUCUGUGUCUGCCCAAUCACAGACUUCCCACUGCAGCUCAAUGAGAAAUCUUUGCAAGGCAGGUGCUCUGGGCAGUUAUUGCCUCUUGCGUUUAUGUCCACUGAGUUAACCAAACCAGGAAGUAACAGGAAAGGUUAUUUGAUUGACAGACAGGGAAAGUAACAAGGUUAAUUUAUUAAAAGUGCCAAUCUCUAUUGAAAUCUGCCCUUUUUGUAAAAUGAAAUAAAGAGGACACACACUCAUCAUACAGAAAGCACUUCAGCAAACUAAAGUGCUUUAGGGGUCUGAAGUGUCACUUUAAAUGGUGACUGAUGAGAUCUCUAGCUUGCUUUUUUUUUUUUUUAAUAUCUAGAUCUUUAAACACACUGAUAGAUUAUAGCAUUACAACCGUUACAAUGAGCAUGUUUAGCGUGGACUGGUUAUAUGCACAUUACAAAUUAUGCUAUGUGAGCCAUAUCAACAUACUCUGACUAAAACUGAAAGACAAAAAGAACUAAACACAUUGUGGGUGAUUUAUCAGUGUUUUGUCCUUAAAAAAAUAAAAGUGGUCUAAAGUAUUAAAAGUAGAUAAAUCUGUACAAUCGGCAGGCACAUUCCAUUGGUGACUCCUCCUCUGUAACAUUUUGAACCAUUUUUUUUUUUUAAUAGAGCACACAGAAAAAAGGAGAGCACCAACAAAAAUGUACAAAAACAUUAUAGCUGCCUAGGCUCCAAAUGGCGGUUACAUCCUUUAAUUUUUUUGCUGUGCACUAUUUUUCCGAUCCUUGCACAUUGAUACAUUCCCACGUAUGGUGUUCCAGCAUUACUAGAGCUCACUAACUCACUUUCUUUCUAGCGGUCAAGCCAUGUCACUGACAACAUCCCAGAAAUCAAUCCAACCUAGGGCUACAAAGGACAGGGCCUCACCUGUAUCUGAGGUAUCUGGGUAAGUACCAGUAUCACUCUCUGUGACUGCAUUUUAUAAAGAUGUCGGAAAAUUAGGUUCUGGCCUUCUCUAGAAUGUCAGGUUACAUGAUCAGGGCAUUUUGAAUGCCUUCUAGUCACCAAAAUAAAAUAAAAAACAAUUACUUGUUUAUGUGUAAAACUUAAACUGGUAUCAAUCCUUGUUCAUAUCUCUACAAUCAUAGAAAUGUUUUAAUUACAUGUUUAUUUCAUGUUCAUGUGCACUCACAGGUUUCCUUUACCCUGGGAGGGUCAACAGAAUGUCGGAGUUUCCACUGUUGUCUUUAGUUCCAAGCAAGAGGACGUCCACCAGAAAGGUGCAGGCUUAAUAGAAACCCCUUUCAUUAUAACAGUUAUUGAACAAACCCCAUAGACACAUACAUGUAGAAUCUUGUAAUUGAGCCCAGUAUCUCUCACAUGCUCUAGAUCAGGGUUCCUACCUGAUUCUUGGAAUGAAAUAGAUGGCCAGAGAAUCAUGGGAGUUGUAGUUUAGCAACAUCUGGAAGGCCAGAGUUUUGAGAACCCUGCUCUUGAUCACGCCUAAAUAUGUUGUACGUACAAUACAUUUUAAUCCUUCUUCACAUUUAUUAUAAAUUCUCCUCUCUGCAUAUAACACUUCUUUACCACUGCCCACCUACUCUAUAUUAAACUAGUUUCUCUGCGUUUAACACCUAUUUACUACAGCUCUUCUGCAUCUUAAUGCCUUUCUCUGCACAUGCUGCCUGGUUGCCACAUUUCUUCUGCUCGCUAUCUCCUCUCUGCAUAUCAGUCUUUUUACUACUUCCCUCUUGUUGCUUUGUAACUCCUCCCUGUGCGUAGAACACCUCUUUUCUCAUCCCUCAUUCUGCAUGCUAUAGCACCUUUUUGUGCAUAUUAUAACUUUAUCACUGCCCCUUACACCAUAUUUUACUCCCACUUGCUCACAAGACUGGACUUGUCAAUGGGCAGCAUUAGCAGCGGUCUACACAAAAAGGGUGUUCUAGUACCUCACUAGGGGAGCUUUGCCUCUUGUUGUUUUUCUUUCACUCUGUAUCACACCAUUUAUAUGAUCCAUAUGAUAAUUCCUUAUAACUCCUCCCUUGUCUCCAUGAAAUACUUCUUUUUUUUUUUUUUUUUGACAUUCUUUAUUUAUUGAGUUUUUCAAGUCAGGAUGGGAGACAGAAAAAAGAGAAAGGGGUGGGGGAGGGAAGGGGGUUGACAAUUAUCAGGUUACAAUACAUUACAUAAACCUUUAUAGUGCGUCGUUUCUGUUGGUGGUAUAGGGCUGCGUUCAGCGUGUUUCCCUAAGUCAGUGUAUUUUUAACUUGCGGCGUGUCCGCCAGGGUGUUUCUCAGUCGGGGGCAGGUGUGCCCUUUGAAAUUUAGGCGGUUUUAUGUUAUUCAGGGACUUGCGGUUAUACUCCAGUAUUUUUGGUGUGUUGACGUCUUGCUUAGAGGGGGAGGGCGAAAGCUACGUAUGUGAUCGAUUUUUGAGUGCUCAGUCUAAUGGGCAUUCGAGGUUCUGGUGAUGUCUGGUCUUGGCACUGUUUUGCCAAGGGGGGAAGAGGGGGCGGGAGGGAGUCUGAGUUGGAGGUCUAGGGUCUAACAGUGGAGUCAGGGUGGGAUUAACAGUGGGUAUAUCAGGAUUCGCUUGGAGGUGCGAGUUUGGGGGUUAAGACCCGUCUCUGUGCCGUGUAGGUAGUCCAGGGGUACCAGAGGAGGGCAUAUUUGUCCGAGCGUUCCCGCAGGGACGCAGUCAUCAUUUCCAUGUUGUGGAUUUCCUCCACCUUAUCCACCCACUGUGUGUAGGUGGGUACUGUGCGGCUUUUCCAAUGUAGUGGAAUGAGGCUUUUGGCAGCGGAGAGCGGGUGUAUCGUCAGGGAUUUCUUGUAUUGUUGUGUAGAAGUGGCUGUGUGGUGGAGUAGCAUUGGCAGUGGUUGUAGUGGGAGGUCAGAGUCUGUGAUUUCCUUAAUCUUUGUGUGUAUCAGUUUCCAGAACGGGGCUAUGCGGGGGCAUGACCACCAUAUAUGGAGAUUGGAGCCAGGGGCGGAAUUACAUCUCCAGCAUUCCCCAGAGGCUGUGUCGUGCAUAUGUUUUAGCACCUCCGGGGUCCUAUACCAUUGUGUGAGUAAUUUAUAGCUCAUCUCUUGGUAUUUGGAGCUUAUGGAGCAUUUGUGUGUCAAAAGAAAGAUUUUCUCCCAUUCUUGGGUAGUCAAGUGUGUGCCCGUCUCACGUUCCCAUUUUUCUGUAAACCCGAGUGGGCUGUCAUUGCUCAGUGACUGUAGGCUUGUGUAGAGGUAUGAUAUCGCAUGUUCUAUAUGUUUCCUGUCUGUGCAUAGCCGUUCAAAGUCAGUCAGUUGUCUGUGGAUGUGGUCUUUGCCCUGUAGGGUCGUGUAGUAGGUUUUAACCUGGUGGAAGCGGAACCUAUCAAGCGGGGUCGGUUGCUGGGUAGUGAUGACGUCGGGCAAUGGCUUGAGGGUCCUGCCAAUGAUCCAUUGGUGUAAGUAGAUCCAGUCCGUCUGGAGGAAGUUCCGAAAGGCCGCGGGGGGGAGGCCCCCCGCAAGAUUCGGGUUGUAAGCGAUCGGGGUGAGUGGGUUAGGUGAUGUGGUGAGUUGGUGGGAAAAGCGCAGCCUACACCAGACUCCGAGGGUGGCAUCAAUGAGUGGGUUUUGUGUUCGGAGUUCCGCGUGGGUGGCCGAUCCAAGCCAGAUUCGGGCCGGGAUUGCGCCCUGCGACUGCUGGGUCUCCAUGAGCACCCAUCGUUUGGUGCUUGGGCGUGCAUGCCAGUCAACUAGCCUCUGCAGCUGUGUGGCCUGGUAGUAUCGCUGCACGGAGGGGAGCCCAGCUUCCCCCGCAACCUUUGGCCGUUCCAGCGUGGUCCUGCGUAUGCGGGACACCGAGCGGUUCCAUACAAAGCUUCGAAUUUCCCGUGUCAGGGUGCGGAAGAAUGAUUGUGGGAUUGUGGUAGGCAGCGUCGCGAAUAGGUACAGGAGUCUGGGGAGGACGUUCAUCUUCAACGCUUGUAUGCGGCCGAACCAGGUGAGGUAUUGCGGGGACCAUCUGAGGAGAUCCUUUUGGAUGUUCGCGAGGAGGGGAGGGAAAUUCAGUUGAUAAAGUUGCGAGAGGUCACGUGGCAGCCAAGUGCCUAGGUACCUCAGCUUGACCGUUCGCCACGCGAGGGCAAACUUUGCGUUCAAGCGUUCAGCCAACCCGGCGUCGUCUAGUAAGGGCAGGGCUUCAGAUUUGUCUAGAUUUAGUUUCAAAUUGGAGACUUGGCGGUAGUCGCGGAACGCCUGGAGGAGAUUAGGGAUGGAGAUGAGGGGUUGUUCUAGGAAGAACAGCAUGUCGUCCGCGUACGCUGCCACCUUGUGUACCUCUGCGUCCAGUGUCACCCCCGUAAUGCCCCCGUCCUGUCUGACCGCCUCCAGAAAUGGUUCUAGAGAGAGGGCAAACAGGAGGGGGGACAGGGGGCAGCCUUGGCGUGUGCCAUUGCUGAUGGGGAAAGCUUGCGUGAGGGUUCCGUUAAUGCGGAUCCGCGCCGUCGGCGUCAUAUACAGUGCUGACACCCAGUUGCAUAGCUGGGUACCGAAGCGUAGGUGGCGGAGGGUGGAUGUGAGGUAUGUCCAGUCUACUCGGUCAAACGCCUUUUCGGCGUCCGUCGAGAGCAGUACAGUCUCGCGUUUCCUGGUUUUCGCUAUGUGGAUGACGAGUGCACGUAUCGUGUCGUCUCUGGCUUCCCUACCCGGAAUAAACCCGACUUGAUCGGGGUGGAUAAGGUCUGGAAGGAUCGGGGAGAUCCUUCGGGCCAGGGCCUUGGCAAAGAGCUUAAGGUCCGAGUUUAGGAGCGAAAUCGGGCGGUAGCUCGAGCAAUUAGUCGGGUCCUUACCCUCUUUGGGGAUUAUUGUGAUUGUGGCAGCUAGGGUAUCUGUCGGGAAUCGUCCGCCCUCGCGGAUCGAGUUUAGUCCUUCCAGUAGCCUGGGCAGUAGGAUGUCGCUGAAAGUGCGGAGGUAGGAGAGUGGUAGUCCGUCUGGGCCGGGUGCUCUCUGGGGUUUCAUGCUUUUCAGGGCUCCCUUGAGUUCCUCGAGCGUUAGGGGUUGCUCCAGGUCCACUGAUUGUUCCUGGGAGAGCGUUUUGGUUAUGUGUUGGGCUAGGUAGUCUGAGAUCCUCCGUUGGUGUGUCUGUUGUGCUGUCCCAUGCGUGGUCAGUGUCUGGUUGUAUAGGUCUUUGUAAUAGGCCUGAAAUGCGUCUAGAAUGCCUUCUGGGUGUCUAGUGCUACCCUGAUCUCGCGUGUUUAUCUUGUGAAUAUGUUGCGCCCUCCGUCGUGCCUGGAGCAUUUUUGCCAGUAGGCGACCGCUUUUGUUGGAGUGUUCAUAGAAGUGCCUGGCCGAUUUGGCCAGGGUAUGUAACAGCCCCUGAGAGAGGUGGUCCCUAAGUUCUCUCCGAGCUUCGGUCAGUUGAAGGUAAGUGUUGUCGUCUAGUGUUUGUUUGUGUGUGGCUUCCAAGGUGGUUACCUUGGAUGUGAGGGUAUUGAUGCGCUUGAGUCUGUCCUUUUUGCGCUGAGUGCAGACGGCAAUGUAGUGGCCUCUCAGUACACAUUUAUGUGCUUCCCAGAUCGUCAGGGGAGGUGUGUCCGGGUCGUCAUUUGUGUCAAAAUAUUGUGUGAUCGUCUGAAGUGUGGAUGCGCGGGAAACCGGGUCGUUCAGCAAAGUUUCAUUGAGCUUCCACUGUCUGUUCCUCGGUUUAUAGAGGGGUGAGCCUGUGCGAACUUUAACCGGAGCAUGGUCGGAGUGGGUCAUGAGGCCAAUAUGUGCGUCAUGUAGUAGGGGAAGGUAUUCUUGGGGCAUGAAUAUGUAGUCAAUGCGGCUGUAGCGGUGGUGGACGUGGGAAAAGUGUGUGUAAUCCCUGUCGUCUGGGUGUGCGGUCCUCCAACAGUCUACAAGGCCCAGUCUGUUCAGUGCCUUGGUGGCAGACCGUACGCAGUGUGGCGAUAUUGUGCUAGUUCCGUGGGAUGUAUCCAGGUGUGGGUCUAGUGGCAUAUUCAGGUCCCCUGCUACCAUCAGGAGGCCCUCUCUAAAUUUGUUCAGUUUGGUUAGGGUGCGGGAGAGAAAGGUGUGUUGGCCGCGGUUGGGGCAGUAUAUGCUAGCGAAUGUGUAUGUGUGGUCGGCUAUCGUGCCCUUGACAAAUAGAUAUCUCCCUCCAGGGUCUGUGUGGGAUGCAAUAUGUUUGAAGGGUACAGUGUGUGCAAAGAGUAUCGCUACACCUGCUCUCUUGGCAUCCGGGUGGUUGGCGUAGUAAGCCAGACUGAAGCGUUUGUUUUCUAAUUUAGGUGCGUCUGGGCCCCGAAAGUGCGUCUCCUGCAGGAACGCUACGGACACUCUCUCCGCCCAGAGACGGCGGAGUAGGUGAGAGCGCUUCUCUGGCUGGUUAAGGCCCCUAGUGUUGUUGGACCAAUAUGUGAGUAGGGCUGGGCUGAACCCCAUCUUGGCCCUCGUGGUUUAGUCGGUCGAAGGGAUGGGUUCUAUGGGGUGUGAGUAGUUUCAGGGGGGAUGGGGUCAAUGCAACGUUUGAACCUUAACCGGUUGGUGGCGUCCAGGAGACUGUAGUGUCAGGAAGUCUCGUCGAACUCCGGUCCUAUGUACAGGGGAGGUCAGUUGCGCGAGGCGCGUGGAGGGUAACCUAAAGAGUCUGUUCUGUAAAAAUGUAGGUUGUCAAUGCCCGUGUCCCGGGGGCUCCCAACCCGCCGUGUUAAGUGGCUCUUGUGACAUCCGCGGGUCCUGGGGCACUUGGGGGAGGGUGGGGGGCGGGCCCGAGCUAGUCGGGUGCGCAUGGGCGCAUUUUUGCGUAUCAUGUCUGGCCGGUCCGUGGUGGGGGAUGGUAGGCGUGGGUUCUUAGGGGUUGACUCAGUUAUGUGUUGGUGAGAUACGUCUGCAGUCUGAGGAAAGAGUCAUACAGCAUAAAUUAACAUUGCAAUCUUAGCCAGGGGUAAAACCGUGGCCUAACAUGUGUAUCUUUAACAAAUACAAGAGCAAUAUAACUUGAACACAGUAUCCUUGCGGGCAAUUUCAGUUAUUGUAGCUUAUGCGUGAGCUACCACACUAGAAAAUGGCAGUAACACUUGCCCGCUUUUUCUAAAACUUGUGGCCCAUACCUCCCUCCCAAACAGUCCAUUUCUCCAUGACCCGCCCCGAGUGUUCGAACAUCCCCUUCUCGUGGGCUCCCUGCGUGACUAGUGUCCCCUGACAUCUCACCCAGGGCACCCUCCCAAGUCCCAAGGGGCCUUUACAGAGUGAAGUGUGUCCCUGUUUCAUUGAGCAGUGUCCCGGCUCCCCAGGUCGCAUCACACCCAGGGCAAAGAUCGUUGAGGGCCGGGCGUUGGUAGGCAAGCGCUACUGUGUGCUAGUGGCAGUUGUUUGGUGUCCCCCUAGAGGCUCGGGUCUGUCUACGGGGUGGCCCCAGUUACCUGGUAUGGGAGGUCGGUUGUAGAGCCUCGGGUGGUUAUUCCUCUGGGCCGUCAGGGCCGCCUCUGCGCCGUGGUGGUGGUGCAGCGCGACCUCCCAGCAGGUUCUCCGCAACUGGGUAGGGCCCGGUCGGGCGAGCAGGCGGGUUUUCAAGGAUCCAGUUCUGUAUGUGGAUGUGUGGCAGACCUGCAGAUUGAAGGAAUCUGGGGACAUCGUUGGGCCAGCGUAGUGUGUGCCAGCAGUUGUCAAUCUUGGCUUGCAGGCUAAACGGAAAGCCCCACUUGUAGGGAAUCCGUUUUUCUCGUAGCAUGGUCGUUAGUGGUUUCAAUGCCCGUCUGGCGUCGAGCGUGAGGGACGACAGGUCCUGGAACAGCAUUACUUGGGAGUCCAUGUAAGCAAUUGAGCGUUGGGCUCUGGCCGCUCUCAUAAUGGCGUCUUUCUGCUGGAACGAUGUGAGGCAACAGAUCAUGUCUCUGGGUUGCCCAUCACUCCUGGGACCACGUAGUGCUCUGUGCGCUCGUUCCAUGGGUAUUUCGGGGGGGCAUCCUCACCAAGAAGUUGCACGAAGAGGCCGGUCAGUAAUUCUCUUGGGGACUCGUCGUCGGACUCAGGGAGGCCCCGCACGCGUAUGUUGUUGCGGCGGCCUCUAUUGUCCAGGUCCUCCACCUGUCUGCGCAGCUCAAGGAGAAUGUUCCCCUGCCGUGUGGUUGCCAGGUCUGCAGCCUGCUGAUGGUGUGUGGUGUGGAGGCGGUGUUCCUCCAAUUCAUCCACCCUCUGUUCUAGUGCCGUGAGAUCUCUGCGUACCGCGGCAAUUUCUUCCCGGAUGACAGUGCGCAGUUCUGAUACGAGCGCAGUUUUGUCCCCACGGGUGAGCAUGUUGGCAGAUAUUGCAGCAAGGUCAGCUGACAUUUGUGUCAGUGCAUCAGUGCCAGGCAUGUCAGUAACAGAGCCUGUCACACUGCUGGAGCUCGGUGAGGGGGGCGCCAUCUUGUCCGCGCCACGUGCGCUUCUGAGGUGCUGCGGGGUGGACAGAUAUUCGUCCAUGGGACCGGGUUGUCGGCUCACGGUGGGUGAGGGGGGGUGCCUUGGGGUCCCCGCGCGUUUGGGUUUCCCCAUGAGGGCCGCGCCGUCUGCUUGUGAUCUGAGCUUAGGCGGGUCGGGGCCUGGGAGCAAGUGCGGCGUGCGGCUUACUCCAUCGGCGGUCGAGCCACGCCCCCCCAUGAAAUACUUCUUAUAACUUGUUUUCUAAAGUUCUAUUCGGCCUCUUUAACUACACUAUGCCACCUCUUUCAUCUUCAUUUAAAACCUUCUUUAACACACAACUUCUGGAAUAAAAGGGAAUCAUGAUGGAAUAUUUCCGUCAUGUGUCCUUAAGGGGUUAAAAAGAGAUUCUAUACUGACAGGGGUAGGCAACUUUUGGCACUCCAGAUGUUGUGGACUACAUCUCCCAUGAUGCUCUUAUAGCCAUAAUGCUGGCAAAGGAUCUAGGAAGAUGUAGCCCACAUCAUCUGGCGUGUGAAAGGUUGCGAACUAUACCCAUGUCAUCUACUUCAAUUGGUGCAGUUCAUUUGUGCAGUGUUUAAUUUUUUUCUAAUGAUUUAAUCCUAAAUGAUGGUCCCAUCAGCUGACCAUUUUUUAUCCCCAAAGACCAUUGCUGAUAUCAACUGAUAUGGCUGAGGCAGAAAAUACACUUUGCCUUAUCCAUACUUCCAGCAAGCCGCAGCUUACACCCUUUAAGUGUUUAUUUGAAAAUCACAACACUAAAAAUCAGCGCUGCCCAACAAGUAGAUCCCCAGAUGUUGUAGAACUGCAACUCCCAUGAUGCUUUGCAUGCCUUUAGAAUGACAAAGCAUCAUGGGAGUUGUAGUUCUACAACAUCUGGGGCUCUACCUGUUGGGCAGCCCUGCACUAAAUAGAUGGAUCGCGCCAGGGGACCUCAGGCAUCACAAUCACUUCAAUGAGAUGAAGUGGUUAUGGCAACUAGUGUGACCUUUUAACUCUUCCAUGUUCCUCAUAUAACAACCUCCUUAUAACGGCUCCUCUCCAUAUAUUAAUCACCUCCUUACGGUGCUUAGUCUCCCCUUUAAAUAGUGAAUGACCCUGUAAUUCAGCUUCUCUUUCCCUUUCCACUCAGGAAUCACGUUAGGCAGUCCAGUAUAGUGUCCAGUUCCGGGCUGUCUAAGUCACAUGUGCUAGAGUACAACUACACUCUGGCACAAAAGUGCAGAUUUCUAUAUUAACAGUGCUUCACGUUAAAACUCUGUAUAUACAGCUUGCUUGCUCCAUGACCUCUUCUAAAAGCAGAAGUAUUCAUGAAGGGCGCUAUAAACCUUUAAGUGUACAUUUCUCACAACAUCUCCUGUCUAUGCUUUUAUCAGGCCCCUGUAGUUUGCAUGUAUGUGGAUCUCUCAUCGUUAUAUCUGUAAAGUGUAUUUGAUACAAAUCUCUUGAUUUUCAGCUCCUUCUGUGCCAUCAGAACCACUUACAGCCAAAAAGGAGGUCAGUUUAUAAAUAAACAUUUCUGUAAUUUGGAGGAAUUUUCCUAAAAAAGUAAACUUUCUUCAAAUUACCACUUGUUAAUAAGGUUUUCGGAGUAAAGAAUGUGUGGGAAUUUUCUGUCCCAGUUUACUUACUCUACCUGGAUUAUUAUUUGAUAUAAUGGCCACAUAUGAUACUAUUUUUUAUCUUCUGCUCAGGAACUUACUACCAAGCGAUUUACUGAAAGACGAGUGAGAGAGGUUGAUCAGGAGCCGAUGGAAUCUAAAAGUCACAUUUUGGAUCUUGAAGCUCAGGUGCGAAGAAAUAAAAAUCAUAAUAUCCUUCAUAAGAACGAUGGCUUACCAUUUGCUUUACUUAAUGUAUGCCGUUCAUUUUACAAUCUGAUAUAUUUGUCUGAGCAGUCUUUGUUUAUUUCAGGUGAGGAAGCUUCAGCUGGAGAAUGAGCAACAGAACUUAAUGCUGGAGACCCUUCAGCAGAGGCACAGAGAGGACUUAGACCUCAUUGAGAAUGCACACAGGUACCAGCACGGUUAGAUUUUAUAUGUAUGCAUGUGUUGACUUACUUUUCAGGUAUAGAAUGCUGGGUUAAACCUAGCUGUUGGGUAGCCAGUUGAAGUGCCUCGUUCAGCUGGUAUGUUCUUUACAUUGGCUUCCCCAAACUCCGGCCCUCCAGAUGUUGCUGAACUACAACUCCCAUGAUUCUCAGCCUAUUUCAUUCAUAGAAUCAUGGGACUUGUAGUUCAGCAACAUCUGGGUGGCCGGAGUUUGGGGAAGCCUGGUUAAGAGGAACACUCCAAACACCACAAGCAGUAUAGCGCAUUGCAGAAGUUGCAGUACCGGGAGUGUACUGGUACCCGCCAUUGUAAGUAUUCAAACUAUUUUACAACGGUUUCACUUCUUAUUUGCGGCAUAUCUGGCUCUGCUCCUCACCUCCUCUCAGAAGCCAGGACAGACAGAAGCACAUGCUUAGGAGCUUCCGUUGGCUAUCAUGAACUAAACCCUGCACCUCUGGUGAGAAGAGCUUCUGGGUUUACCGUUUACCGUUACUAAAUAGUUUGACUAAUUAUAUUCGGGGAGGGGGCACCAGGGCCAUGAAGUUAUUAUGGUGCCUGUAGUGUUUCUUUAAAACAAUAUCUCCAAUAGAUUAAGAUUCCUUUCAUGCAACUAAGUUGAAAUGUAUAAGUAAUGAUGUAAGCCAUAUUAGAACCAAAUCAUAAUAUUUAAAAGGAUAAUCCAGACUAGAGCUGACCCAUUCUUAAUUAAUUAAAUUAUAUGUAAAAACAUUAAAAUUGCUCAAUUUCCUGCAACACACCAGGCUUUGCAUCUUCUGCAGUGAGCUCUGCUCAGAACAGGAAGUGAAUCAGCCAAUAAUGUUCAAAUAACUUUCUGUAGCGAAAUGAAAACAUAAUUGAUUUUUUAAAUUUUAUUUUGGCCUACAUUUUUUAAUUUACUUAGAAUUCCAGGCAAAUUUUACUUUAAUGAAUAGCACUAUAAAUAUUGAUUCCAGUACCCACAUUCACAAAAAUGUUAAACUGUUCUAAUCUGAAUUCCGUUUAUAAACUUCAACAAGUUGUGGAGAUCUGUAAACAAAAUCCAUCUUUAAGAUAAAAACACUCACACCCCAGGUUCCUUGCAGCUUUGAUGACCCGAUUUCUACUUUUUCCUUUACAGAAAUCGUCUGAAGCUGCUGGAAGACUCUGCUAGACAGAGAGAAGAGCGUUUAUUUCAAGAGAACAAACAGCUGUCAACCCAGUACCUCUCCCAGUGCCAGGCCGCAGAGCAUGAGAAGACUGAACUAUUGGCAAAAUAUCAGAAAAGGCUGACCGAAUUCCAGCAAGAAAAGGAACUGGAAGUAGAGAGAAUAAGAGAGCUGCAGAGGUAAGAGGAGGAACUUGAUUUUGAUAUCCCAUUGUAUAACUAUGUAAUAUUAUAGAUAUAUAUGGCUGAGUAAAACAUUUGAAUAAAGAUUUAAAGGAAUAUUAUAGUCACCAAAACUUUGUGAAGCAGUAUUGAUGUAUAGAUCAUGCUUCUGCAGUUUCACUGCUCAAUUCUCUGCCAUUUACGAGUUAAAUGACUUUGUUUAUACAGCCCUAGCCACACCUCCCUGGGUGUGACUUACAUAGCCUUCCUAGACACUUCCUGUAAUGAAAGAUCUAAUGUUCACACUUUCUCUUAUUGCACAUUUUGUUUAAUUUGGAAUUUCUUAUUUCCUGCGCUGUUAUUAACUUGCUAGACCUUGCAGGAGCCUCCUGUGUGUUAUUGAAGUUACAUUUACAGAGCAGGAAAUAACAACUUCUAAAAUAAGUUAACAUCUGAUUGAUAAUGAAGCCAAUUUGUUUUCAUGCAUGUGUCAAUCACAGCCAGGGGAUGUGUGGCUAGGGCUACAUGGGCCAAAACAUUAGGGAUUUAACUCCUAAAUGGCAGAGAUUUGAGCACGGUCCCAAAAAACACACAAAAAUACACAGAUCCUUUUUUUUUUUUUUUUUUAUAAAAAUACAAAAAAAAACUGUUUUGAAGAGGGAUUUCGUGAGUCAAUUGAUUCUUCUGUUGACAUACUUUUUGUAUCAUUGCCACGUCUGCAUCCAGGGCAUCGGUAAAGGAAAUGUGCAUAGACUAUGAGGAACAGUUACACCGGAUUAAACGUCUCAAAGACCAGGAGAUUGAUGCAGUCACCAGUGCCUCUUCACAGACAAGGUUAGAAAUACUGCAAUACAGAGCAGGUCUCUUUAAACUGUUGUUUCUACAGCUAAGCCCAAUUCCAAAGUAAAGAUUCAAUUUCAUGAGAAAUACAGGGGAGGACACUGAUGUGCGUUUACCUUUUAUGUUGCUUGAGCCUUUCCUUUUAUACUUCUCUUUGGUCCCACUCACUUGACAUUCUGAAAUACUGCAGAGGGCAACACAGAAUCCAUAACUAACAGGGUUAUUUAGUCAAGUCAGAAUUCAAGGUGAAUUUCAUAUUUAAGGUCAAAAUAGCCGAACAUUCCUGUCAGUUGUUCUUUCAGUUCAGCUACUCUUGCCUGAAAUUUGAGAUCCCUUUGAAUUCACUUUGAAUUCUCACUAUAGUAAAUAACCCUGUCAGUGACAGAAAGGAUGCACACUACUGAUACACUUCAUCAGAUGAUAGAAAAUGUGUAAUAUUCUCUUUUUGUUUCUUUAUAUGGUUGGGCACAUUCUCAUCUGUCUCUUUCUUCUGCUUUCCUUAUCCUUGCCUGUCUAAAUUGGGAUGCCAAAAAUGGGGUGACAAACAGUGUUAAUUUUUUUGACUAACAAUUUUAGUUGACUAAAAUUAUUGAGAUUUAGUUAACUAAAACUAGGGGCUGUGGGGCAAAAGACACAGACCAGGUCUUGGGAGAGAGACACCUAGCGGGGCUGGGGGGAGCGGGGCAGAAACAGAGGGGCUAGGGAAACCGCAAAAGAGACAGAGGCUUUAACUAAACCCAUUAGAUUUUAGUCGUGUCGACAAAAAUCUACUGGAGAUUUAGUCGACUAAAACUAAUUCAAUUCAGAUGACUAAAAUGCGACUAAAACUAAAAUGGCUUUUUAGUAAAACACUGACUAAAACUAAAUAAAAAUUUGCCGCCAAAAUUAACACUGGUGACAAAUAGUAAAGGAGCACGCUAGGCACCUCUACAUUCCUGCUUCAGAUAGAAUGUCCCUGUCACCGCAUACUUAGAAAAUAAGUGUCAAUUUUAAACAAAAAAAUCACUUUUUUACAACAUCCUUUUCCACCUUCCUGGCUGUCAGUUGGAUAGCCGGGACAUUUUCACAAGUAAUGGGAUCUACAUGAUCUUAGAUCUUGCAAUUCACAUGCUUUUUAAUGAGUUGUAAGUAUUGAGAAGUGUAUGAUUGGCCAUAUGCACACAUAUGUUAUUUGCAAGGUUUCUCAAACUUCCUCAAAAAUAUGUGUACAUAUUUUUUUUUGGGGGUGGGGGUGGAUUUAUACUACAUGUUUGGAAAAAUAAAUAUGGAGUGUUGUUUUAAUGAUUGACAAUAAGCAAUUCGUUACCCAUAACUACAUGGAGGGGCUAGUAGUCUCUUAUAAAAAUAUUUUUUUUUAAAAGCAAUAAACCUAAUUUUAGUUACUGUGCCACAUCUUCUUUCCACCUGAGAAUAUUAAUCAGCUUAUAAGAAAAUAGUGAGCAAUUAACCCCUUAAGGACACAUGACAUGUGUGACAUGUUAUGAUUCCCUUUUAUUCCAGAAGUUUGGUCCUUAAGGAGUUAAACUGUUCAGUAAGAUUCAAUUUGUUAAAACCAAUAUUUUUAUACAUCACAAUACUUUUUUAAUUGUUGUUUUCUCCCUUUCUUGCUAUCUAUGUCAGUAAAUUCAACUCGUAUUUUCUGAAUUCUCAGGUCCUUGAAUGGAGUCAUUGAGCAAAUGGAGUCCUACUUUCAUAAACUGAGUGAGCUGUCUGAGAAGGUAGAAUAUACCCAAGUAACAAAAUCGGAAAUUGGUGUACGGCAGAGAGAAGGGCAGCUCAAAGGUACAAUGUGCACAUAGUCAUACUGCACCUUGUGUUGAGGGAUGUGGUAUUGGAAGGUAUAUAUUAGAAUCAGCAGAAAACUUAUCCUAACUUACAUUUCAGGUAAGAGAUUUUUAUGGUAUAAAUAGUAUAACAUUUUAUAUUUCUCCUUCUCGUUCUAGUAUUGCAGGAGCGCCUGAGUCGGCAGCAGAAGGACAUGGAGGAGGAGAGAAAUAACUUGCGCAUGAUCAUAACCAAUAUGGAGACUCGACUGAGUGAACAGAGCCGCCUUCUGGAGCAGGUGAGAAGUAUCCUGAUUCAUAGCCUGAGAUCUAGUAAAGUCUACCUUCUAACAGGCAAUCAAAAGCUAAUAAUGCUCUGAAUUGACAUUGUGAUUCUCGGCAGGAACGCUGGAAGGCCUCUGCAGAACAGGCCAAAGUGGAGUCUCUGCAACGGUCACUGGAGGAGCAGAGAAGGGUUUUGACUCAGCAGUUGUCCUUGGAGAGAGAGGAAAUUGAUAGAGCAAAGGUUGGUUGCUGAUUGGCCAAAAUGUGUUAACACUAAAGCUCUUAGCACUUAUUGAAGUGCAGGUGUUUACUCUCUCCUGUAGAAUGUUCUGUGCACACAGUAAUUCCCCAUUACCGUUCCUUUUCUACCCAAUAGCAGAAAGCCUUAUUUAUCUGUGAGCGAUACUAGAGCAGAGUACUUAACAAACCCUUGGAAUAUUCACUAACUCACUGUGCAUCAAUGUGCAUGGAGUUGGAGCGGAACUUAAUCUACCAUGAUGCUUACAUUUUAUACCUUUGCGCAACAGUCUCUUGGUUAUAUUAAAAUAGUGUUUCUUCGUGAAUAAUACACACGUAAGAAACAAAUUUAUUACAAAUAAAAAUACACAAAAACAAGUCCUGUGCUCAAACUCACACAACUCUUGGGCGGCAGCAACGACCAUAGUACACAUCAGCUCAAAUACAUACAGUAAAAACCAAAGAAAAAAAAAGUUACUUGCGUUCUUCCCAAAUCCCUAUGCACGUUUAAACAAAUGGAAGUUAUUUAGUUGCUCCAAUGAGAGGGGAUGCCUUUCAGCCUCCAUGAAGAAAUGGUUUCAUUAUCAAGCAGAUCUUUCAGCACAGUUAAUUUACUUUAGAAGUUCUUAUCUGUUAAUUUAUUUAUUUUUCCCAUUAAAGCAGCACUAUCUUUGAGAAUUGCAAAUUCAUAAAGACCCCCUGCCGGUGACAUCACCACUGGGGAUCCGUUGGCCCGGGGGGGUAGGUAAAAGUGAGAUUUACUGAACUGAACCUAUCCCUCAUGGGCACAGCCAUCUUGAUCCAGCAGGUCCUCGUCAGAGCUAAUGUCACUGCCUGAGAGUACAUCAUUGAGGUCUAUGGAGGAUCCCGCAAGAUCGUGGGAUCCUCCAUAGAGACAGACAAUUCCCUGCAGCCGGGAUUGGCACACACUUUCUGCCCUGAGUUUUAAAAAAAUCAGGCUGAGUAGAAAUACAAAGACAAAGUAGUCCCUCAGACUACUUGGAGUUAUUCCAAUAAAAUUCCAAUACAGUCAAAAUGAGUAUUUCAUAAAGUAUUUCAUAAAUUGGGGGGUGUCUGUGUUACUCUCAGCCAGGGGAGGUGUGGCUAAAGUCACAUAAACAAAGUGAUUUAACUCCUUAAUGGCAGAGAAUUGAAAAGGUGUCACGAGCGUGGGCUAUAGGCCCAGCCGAGACAGGGGGGAGAGCGUGGCAGUGACAGGAUUAAUGACAAGAAAGUGCAUUUGACACUUUUUCCAAAUAUGACAAUUUUGGCCUUAAAAGUUCCAGUUUCCUUGUCAGUUCUACAGAUUUCUUGCACUGGUGAAUAAGCCUUAAAGGACCACUAUAGUCACACAGACCACUUCAGCUCAGUGAAGUGGUCUGGGUGCCAGGUCCCCCAAGUUUUAACCCUUCAGAUGUAAACAUAGCAGUUUCAGAGAAAUAAACUACUAUUCAGAGAAACUGCUAUGUUUACAUUGCAGUGUUAAUCCAACCUCUAGUGGCUGUCUUCCUGACAGCUGCUAGAGGUGCUUCUGUGGCACUGGGUGUGAAAUUUGCAGAACGUUCAUAGGAAAGCUGACGUCGGCAGGGGAGGAGAUGUCACCAGCACUGAGGGAGCCCGGCACUGGAUUAAGGUAAGUAACUGAAGGGGUUUGAACCCCUUCAGCACCAAGGGAGGGGGGCCCUGAGGGUGGGGGAGUCCUACGGAUGCUAUAGUGUCAGUGUCACGAGCGUGGGCUAUAGGCCCAGUCGAGACAGUGGGGAGAGUGUGGAAGUGACAGGGUUAAUGACACCGGACCCCUGGUUACCUGUUGCUAGUCCAAGCAACCACUCAAUUAACCCCUGCAAUUCCUUCUACACUAACUGCCUAGUACACACUUUACUGCCACCACCAAGACUUUUAAACCCGGGCGUCUUAGGUUACCCCACACACAGGAGAAUUAUAGAAUCACAGUUCUACUUUUACUGAUCAAACACAUAUAAUUAACCCUUUUUAGUAACGUGGUUACCUGAGCUUUCCUCUGGAGAGUGAAGCUCAUAGAGAACAGAGACACAAGUUGAUUAAGUAAACAUUUAAUCUGACAAAAAAGAUUCACAGUGCUGAGUACAGAAUACAGAAAUAAAUGACAUACAGAUAACAAAUUGCAAAACAGUACAUAAAAUAAAAUAGGAAAUUCCUUACAUGUAUUUACCCCAUAUAGGAUUCUUGUGGGAGUCUUAGAUGGUAUAGGUCUCCUAGAAGUUGCUGACCAAAGAAAAAAUGAAUAACCCCCUGUAUAGUCCAGCACCCUCAUUAUAUACCUAAACUAGUUGUUUCUCAGUGGGCAGACCCUUGGGGUGGGGGAUCAGAGGGGGUUGGUCUGGCAGUUUAGUGCCCACUCUAUGCAAUUCCUUGUGUCCAGCUCUGGUUAUGGCUAUCUAGAUGUUUUAUGGUCUAGGCCUGGUGCAAGAUCAAAGACCACAAUAAAUGUCAUCCCAAGGUUUACAAAAAAACUCUUAACAUAUAUCAACACACAUCAAACACCAACUCAUGCUUUUGGCAUGACAGGUAGACUGCAAGGUCAGGCUCUAUACAUCAAAACCUCCUAACUUAGCUAAAGUUGUUUUGGGCCUUAGAGUGUCCCUCUAAGAGAAGAUUUAUCAAAGUGUCACAGACCGUUUUGUGCCUUUUUUUGAAUGUAUUUCGUGCAAUUUAUUAUGUCUGGCAGUUUUGUGUUUGUUUUUUGUUUUGUUUAUUUCGUCUUGCUCGCUGUCUUUUCUGAAUGUACGCUGUUUUUUAGCAACGCAACAUAUUUAUCAAUUAUUAUGUUAAUAUUUCUGCGAGAAAAAUGUUCUGUUUCAAUUAAAUUUUUCCAACCAGUCUAUUUAGAAAAGCAGAUGCCUUUUAGACCAUUAGUAGAGCAAUUUAAUAAAUAAGUUUAGAGUCAGAAGUUCAUUGAUACAGUCAAUAAGCCACACAACAAAUUAGAGACUAAAAAUAAAAGGUAAUUUUCUGAACACAGGAUGAAUCUCCUCCAUACUAUCCUAUCAGGACAAUACAGUUGUGAGUAAUGACUUUCCAGCUAAGUGCUCCUGGUAACAAUUCUUACUUUCUACACAUUCCUCCAUCAAUAGGUUUAUUGCAUUGGAUUAGUGGCCACUCAGUCCAGACAAUUUAAUGCCCUAACUCUUAAUUUAUGUUAUGUGAUAUCUUAAUUUUACAGUAUAUAUGGAGUUUCCAUUAGAAUUGUAUAUAGAAUACAGGGUAUGUCUAAUUAAUGUCACAUGGAAAUGCAGUUACGCAUGAACCUCCUGCAUUCUUCUGGUUAUAAUCAUACAGAUUUAUACUGGGUAGUAAAUGCCCACAGCCUGUUUACAUAUCUCCAGUCAGCUUGUGUACAGAUAUAAAAAUGUUUUAGCCAUUGGUAUGUGUAUACACACUGAGUGAAACUAUAAAACAGCUGUCCAUAUCUCUCAUCAGACAACCUUCUAGGGUAAUUAAGGAUAUUAAGUAGUGGAAGAUGUUCUCCCAUAAAUUCGCAAUGUACGGUAUCUUUAUAGAGUUAGAUUGGUUUACAUACACAAACAUGGGGUGCCAGUUAUUAAUGAUUGACAGUCUACAGAUAGUUUAUGCAUCAAAUGCCUGGAUGAAUUUUUUUGGACCCUGCUCCUGUGUCCCUCUACUCUUCUAGUCAAACUAACGUCCAAUAAACUUCAUUUUAAUUGCUUCAGCUGUAGCUGUACAUCCACAUGCCAUUGGUUUAAUUUGGAAAGAAAAUAGCUGUAUUUUCAUGUUUUGUCCCCAUAUCUAGCCCUCUUGUACCUCAUUUGCUUUAUGAAGUCCUUAUUCCUCACCCUAUCUUCCUUCAUAUCUGUGACGGUAGUCACCAUCAGUGGUGAUGGAAGACAUACACAAUAUGUAGGUCCCCAGAUUCCUCUUGUGUUUUGAUCAUCCUGUGUCUAGUAUUUGUGCAGUCAUGUUGAAUGUAUUGAUUGUCUGUGCCUUUCCCCCUCCCUCUUUUUCCUGUCCUAUUGUUUCCCCAGCAGCACAUUGUCCCAGGGACACUGCCAGACCAGUUUAAACUAGCUUCCCUGUUCCUGCUCAAUCUCCCAUCAGCCCUUGCUAUUUUCUGACCCCAGCCUUCCUUGUACUAUACUGCUCUAUGUACCCUAUUGUAUGUAAAUGAGGCUGUUGGGGACUUAAAUAUGUUUUGCUAUGUCGAUUAAAGUUAGUUGCUGUUUUAACCUUCACCAAGUGUCAUCUGGUGUUUGGGGAAACCUGCUGAUGAAAAGUGUGUCCACUAAAGUGCUCCAGUGUCCCUGAUAGCUACGAGAAAGCAGACUUGGCGGAGGUAUUCGGUUGGAGUCCUGAUGCUCCGUCACAAUAUUCUUUACCUAGCACAAUCUACACCAUCUCUUCUACCCCAUUCUGUGGCUAGAACAUUCUACUCUCUAUCUUCCAUCUCAAUCUGUGCCUAGAACAAUCUGCACCUUGUACAUCAUCUCAUUCUGUGCUUAGAACAACCUGCACUCUGUACAUCAUCUUAUUCUGUGCCUAGAAUAAUCUGCACCAUAUACACCUCUGCGAUAUCUAUUCCUGCAUAGCGAAAUUAAUAACCCACUCUGGUUCUCCUUCCAACAAUACAUGGUCUGAGACACCAACAGGUAUACAGUUUACUUUUUAUUUACAAAACAAUACUUUGAGAACAGGGUGUUAUAUACUACUUUAUACUCGAGACUAAUAUUGUGCCGCUAGGUAAUUUAUUGUACCGCUUCACCUGCAGCGGGUUCACUUAUCGGAUUGAAAUAAUCCCUGCAAUUACACUAUCUCCGAGACGAGCUAGGAUAAGUUAUACUAAUUAGUGUUCUUAAUGUGUGCUCUUGUGGUUUUACUUUUUUAGUAUUAAAAGUCAAGUUUUAUAUUUAAAGUGGUACACACUAUUUGUACCACUGACUGUCCCCCUCCCUUUUAAGGGACUUACUCUCUUCAGGACACUCUACCAUAAUUAAUUUUCUCCUGUUUUGUGUCUCUUCUUGUUGUUUAGCACCAUAUACACCAUCUCAUUCUGUGCCUAGAACAAUCUACACCAUAUACUUCAUGUCAUUCUGUGCCUAGAACAAUCUACACCAUAUACUUCAUGUCAUUCUGUGCCUAGAACAAUCUGCACCCUAUACAUCAUCUCUAGAACAAUCUCCACCAUCUCUUAAAAAAUGUUUUUACAUUUCAUUGUCACACUCUUCAAUUUCUCAUAUUUUCCAGGACAUACUUGAAAACGAGAGAAAUCUUAACGUAUCUUUCCUGGUAAAAUAGUUUAUAAAUAAAGAACUCAUUUUAUGUCCCACUGAUGUCAGAGCAUUUAUACACUAUCCUGAAUGGAUUCCCUGUUUACUAAAUUGGAGUCUCUGCUCACAUGUUCAGCUGGUGAAAGUGUGAAUUGCUCGCAGGAUUUUAUGAUUUGCUCAGCAUUUGUCCCAUUACUUCAGCCUUCCCAUGGUUCCUGGUUAGAAGUGAAUGACAGGUAAAGGUUGGUAGUCCAGGAGCAGGGAAGUACACACCUGCACUUUUAGGAGGUUUAGUGUAAGAACAUUUCUAUUAGACAAUGAAUCGAAACACAGGGGCUUCUGAAAUAUAGUACUGACAAAGAUAAGUCGCAGGUAGACUCAUUUAUGCUAUCUGUUCCAUCUCUCAUUUCCUCAGAGCGCCCUUCUGGAGGAGCAGCAGUCUGUCAUGAUGCGUUGUGCUGAGGAACGCAGGAAAUUGGCCGCAGAGUGGUCUGAAUUUCACACUCAGCACAAACUAAGCAAGGAGCGGGCAGAGAAAGAUGUGAACAGAGCGCUGAUGUUGGAAACUCAAAGAGAAGGUACCAUCAUCAGCCUGGCCAAGGUAUGUAGACAACACAGGCCAGAGGUCAAUAACUGCCAGCAUUAUUUAUUAUGGGGGCUCUAGGAAGAAAAAGCAAAUUCUGUCCCUAUGUCAUCAGGAAGUAAUACAUAUGAACAACAAAAAACUAUUGCCACUAGUUAUUGUUUAUCUGAAAUUAAGUAUUUUGUAGAUGUGUACAAUCAAGAGAUCCUUAAUGUUGGUGAGUCUGAGUGUAUAACAGAGCUCAACAGCAAUAAUACUCACAGUAAUGUGUUUUUAAACUACAAUAAAUCUGUUAAGAUAUCAGUCUGAUUAAAUAAGAAACCAUGUUCUUGUUCUAAAUGUGUUUUUUGUUGCAUAAUUUGUUAUUGGUAAGUAAUGUAACAUUUCUCAGAACAGCCCCGCCCCUGGCCACACCCCCACUGAUUCCCCUUAAAUGAAUGUGUCCCUUUUUGUCCAUUUCAAAAGUUGGGAAUUGUGCAAUGGAGUUGUACAUUAGUUGGCAUGUAGAGUAAAUGAGAUGGAUUCUGGUUUCGAAAAGUAUUUAGAAUACAGAUGAGAGUGAAGGCUGGUGGGAUCCUCAUAUGUUGAUGGUUAGUGAUGCCAGUGAUUGCCAAUAAGUAAUUGACAGGAGUUUUUCAAAUGUUUUCAAAUGGACCCAGAUAUGUCUUGGAGGCAGACGAAGAUUCUGAUACACAGGUUUUAUAUAUAUAUAUAUAUAUAUAUAUAUAUAUAUAUAAAACACAGUGAAACCUCGGAACUCAAAAUUAAUCCGUUCUAGAAGGCUGUUCGAGUUCCGAUUUGUUCGAGAACCGAAUCAACAUUUCCCAUAAGAAUUAAGGUAAAUUUAAUUAAUCUGUUCCAGCCCCCCAAAAUUACAGCAUUUUAACACAAAUUUGACAGUUUAAUAAUGCCUUCCAUGCAUAAAAUCAUAUAGGAUAAUAAUAAUAAACACAAUAUACAGUAAAUUAAAUGAAAAUAUCUUUACCUGUAAUUAUGUUGAUGGCAUACGUAGAAAGGAGAAGAGAAAUAAUUUUUUGAAUGGGGUAGGUAACUGUUCUUCUGGCAUUUAAAUGUGUCUAAUUGAACAUGUUUGUGGCAUGAUUUGUUCGGGGACCGAGGAUCGUUCGCAUACCGAGACCUUUUUUACUUGAAAUUUGUGUUCGACUUCCGAAUUGUUUGAGAAAGGGACUGUUCGGGUUCAGAGGUUCCAUAGUAUAUAUAUUUGUGAUCGGAAACAUGAUAGUAGUAUGUAUCAGUUAGUGGUGGUUAUAAGUCGCUUGUGGUGUGCCGAAACCAACGUACAGGUAGGCCUGUAAAUAAGAGGGCCCACCAAUGAGAAGAAUGGAAUAAAUAAUUUAAAUAAGGGGUGCGGUGGUUGGGAUGACCGGAAACAUAAUGGCCAAGGUAAAAGGGAGGAUAGGGUUUUUAUAGUUCAAACUCCUUCCACAAAUACAGGCCUUUGGCCUUAAACUUGUGGUCAGAAACUUGAUAGUAGUAUGUAUCGAUUAGUGGUGGUGAUAAGUCGAUUGUGAUGUGCCGAAACUGACAUGCAGGUAGGCCUUUACAAAGCUAAACUUUAAAAGCUUCCUAAGUUCUUUCUCAGGUUGUGGGAUGUAUGUUAUAGAUUGAGGAUUUCCAUCUCCCGAGUAUAUUGAUGAUAUGCAAUAACAGAGGCUGCAGAUGCUGCCCCUAUCCUGAAGGAAUGGCCAGGAAACAGAUGCUGGAUUGCAGUCCAGUCUCAAAAGUAGAGUCCUUAUAUAAAAUACGAAUUUGGAGGUAGUAAGUGGGUAGCCUUAAAGUAAGAGUAGAGGUGAAAUCGGUGGGUAGAUAGUCAGGUUGUGUGUGUGCAUGUUUAAUUGGAUUUGUGGUGGAGAUGAGGUUUACAAAAUUAAGUGGCACUUCAAAUAAAAAAUAAAAAAAUGUGUCGAAUUGGGUAAUGCACUUGAGGUUCCCAUGGCAACUUCAAGUAUUUCCAAAUUGCUUUAAGCCUACUGUUGUCUCUCCGUGUUUGAUAUGUGAUUGAGUAUCAAAAUUUGUCUGUUUCUGAUGAAUCUAUCAUACAAUUUAAUUUAUUAUCGCCAGGGCCGGACUGGGAAAAAAAUUAGGCCCGGGCAUUUUUCAAUUAGAGCGGCCCCCCAAGAAGGGGGCGGGGCCAGAGAGGGUGUGUUUUGUCAUCACUAAUGACAAGCACGCCCCCUCUCAAAGUGAGCAUGUUGGUUCAAUGUGCAGAGCCCCGCUGAAGAGCUCUGGCUUUAGAAAAAGGCCCUGUAUUUGUUCUGCGCAGCGCAAGCAAAUGUAAUAACAUGCUUGCACUGUGUUUGCUUUUAAAUUGUCUCUGGUGUCUCCACAAAUGGGAUACCAGAGGACAAAAGGGCCAGGAAAGUGUAUGGUGCAUGUGUUUGGCGCCUGCUUGUGGGAUUGCCUGUGUGUAGAGUGUGGUGUGGUAUUGUGUAAAUAGAUGUAAUAUGUGUGGUGUAAUAUGUGUGGCUAUGGGCUGUAGAGAAUGCGUGUAUAGGGGCAUAGUGUUAUAGGGGAUGUAGCGAGUGUGUGCAUACGGGCAGUAGUGUGUGUGUAUAGGUGAUGUAGUGUGUGUAGGGGUUGUAGAGAGGGUGUGUUUAGAGAAUGUUGUAUGUGUUUCCUUACAAGGAAUGUAGUGUGUGUGUAGGUGGUGCACUGUGUGUGUGUAAGAGAUCUAGUGUGUAAAGGACCCAGAGUGUGUAUAGAAGAUUGUGUGUGCAGAGGAUUAAGAGUGCAUAUAGGGUAAGGGAUCUAGCGUGUAUCUGGAGCGUAAUGUGUGUAGUGGUGCAGUGUGAGGGGUGCUGUAGUGUGUGUGUGUAUAUAUAUAUAUAUAUAUAUAUAUGUGUAUAUAUGUGUGCUAUGUGUGUCUCUCGGUGUGCUGAGUGUGUCUGGGGGUGCUGUGUGUGUCUCUGGGGUGCUGUGUGUGUCUCUGGGGUGCUGUGUGUGUCUGGGGGUGCUGUGUGUGUCUCUGGGGUGCUGUGUGUGUCUCUGGGGUGCUGUGUGUGUCUGGGGGUGCUGUGUGUGUCUGGGGUGCUGUGUGUGUCUCUGGGGUGCUGUGUGUGUGUCUGGAGGUGCUGUGUGUGUGUCUGGAGGUGCUGUGUGUAUCUAAAGUGCUGUGUGUGUCUGGGGGUGCUGUGUGUGUCUGGGGUGCUGUGUGUGUCUGGGGGUGCUGUGUGUGUGUGGGUGCUGUGUGUGUGUCUGGGGGUGCUGUGUGUGUGUGUCUGGGGGUGCUGUGUGUGUAUCUGGAGGUGCUGUGUGUAUCUGUGCUGUGUGUGUCUGGGGUGCUGUGUGUGUAUCUGGGUGCUGUGUGUGUGUGUGUCUGGGGGUGCUGUGUGUGAGUGUGUCUGGGGGUGCUGUGUGUGUGUCUGGGGUGCUGUGUGUUUCUGGGGUGCUGUGUGUGUCUGGGGGUGCUGUGUGUGAGUUGGCUGUGUGUGUCUGGGGUGCUGUGUGGUGUGUGUGUGUCUGGGGUGCUGUGUGUGUCUAGGGUGCUGUGUGUGUGUGUGUCUGGGGGUGCUGUGUGUGAGUGUGUCUGGGGGUGCUGUGUGUGAGUGUGUCUGGGAGUGCUGUGUGUGUUUCUGGGGUGCUGUGUGUGUUUCUGGGGGUGCUGUGUGUGAGUUGGCUGUGUGUGUCUGGGGGUGCUGUGUGUGUCUGGGGUGCUGUGUGUUUCUGGGGUGCAGUGUGUGUCUGGGGUGCUGUGUGUGAGUUGGCUGUGUGUGUGUGUCUGGGGGUGCUGUGUGUGUGUGUCUGGGGGUGCUGUUUGGGAAUUAAUUUUAAGUAUAUAUAUUUUUUUUAUUAAUAAUUUUUUUUAAAGUUAUGUCCCCCCCCCCUCCCUUCUUACCUUUAGCCUGGGAGGGGGAGGGAGCCGUUCUGCCUGGCAGGGGGAGCCUUGAGGGGAGCCAUGCUGCCUUCCCUGGUGGUCCAGUGGUGAGAGUGAACUCUAACCUGCAGGUUAGAGUUCACUCUCGCGAGAUCUGAGCGUUGCCGCGGCAACGCUCAGAAUCUCGCGAGAGGACCCGGCGGAGCUGCUUGUUAGAGCUCCGCCGGGUCCUCCCUCCCCCAGCUGGCGGCCGCAUCUCCCUGUCUGUGGGCCGGUGAGGGAGAUCUUUCAUCUCCCCACCGGCCCAUGGAGGCACUAUGCAGGGCUGGCGCUCGGGUAGCGCUGGCCCUGCAGGGGCCGGCCGGGGAGAUCCUGUGAUCUCCCUGCCGGCCUCGGCCCCACGGCCAUCGCGGCCCACUGGGCAUUUGCCCGGUAUGCCCGAUGGCCAGUCCGGGCCUGAAUUAUCGCUGUACAGUGUUUUUCCUUUGACCUACUUCACUGCCACCAAUUAAAAUACUCCACUUGACUCUGCAAUUGUGUAAAUCGAUUUGUUCUCUACAUGGUAGUAACCAGGAAUUGUACUCAAAAUAAAAAAAGAAGCUUAUCUGCAAACUUUAACCCCUUAAGGACGGAGGCAACUUUACAAGUUCUGACCAAAAUAAAACCUGGAAUUUGGCUAUAACUUUGUUCAACCAUAAUUCACCUCUUUCAUAUUAAGUGCACCCACACUUAUUAUAUAUAAAUUUGUUCAGGAGAAAUAGGGCUUUCAUUUCAAUACUUCAAUAUUCAAUAUUUAUAUAAGGAACACAAUUUAAUAUGUAUAAAAUCUUUUUUUUUUAUUUUUUUUUUUAAGUGGCAUUUUAACUGUGAAUUUCGUAAUCCUGUUAAAUUUUACUGCAAUUAAACACAUAUAUUUGUAUGCUGUGAUGUCCCACGAAUACAAUGAUGCCCCUCAUGUGCUGGUUUCAUGGUGUUUUGAAAAGUUUCAUGGUCGAAUAAUGAGUUUUCAGUUUUUACACGUUGACCUUUUUUACACGCCUGAUUGUCUUGCUGGGCCUAUGUUGCCUUUGAAAGUGUAGGGCAGCCCAGGAAUGAAUAUUGCAUACCAUUUACAAAAGAAGACAACCCAGGGUAUUCAAAAUGGGGUACGUCCAGUAUUUUUUUUAGUAGUCACUUAGUCAGAAACCCUGGCCAAAGUUAGAGGUCAUAUUAGUAGUUUUGCAUUUUUCACACAAAAACUGCCAUUUCACAGAUGGUAUCAUCGUCAUUCUAUGUUUUACUGCUCUAAAAGACUCAGAUUUAUGUUCAACGUUGUCUCACAAGUGCAACAGUACUCCCCAAGUACAGGUUUUAAGGGGUUUGGAAAGUUACAGGGUCACAGUUAGGGUUUGCGAAUUAAAUUCUCGAGACUAUCUACAUGGGUUAUCAGGCAGGUCCCUUAAUAUAUCACUAAUAAAAUAACAUUAUGUGUUAUGUAAAAAUAAUACAUAAAUGUACACGCAGAAUGAAAUUUGGUAGGGCCGGAUUUGCACAGGAAGAUUGCCUCAGUUGUCAGGCAGUCCCCCGAUCAGGAUCACUGCGGAGGGUAAGUAUUCUGGCUCCCAGGAGGGAACGAUCAUUAGGGCGUGCUAUGACGCAGUAUUGGCGUUAAAGCCCCCCUUUUGCAGGAUGGCUUAACAAGCACUAACAGCAUGAAGGGCUCGAACACAUGUUUCUGUGGCACAUUGCUGUAGAAUGAUCAUUACAGUUUAUUUUUAAAAAAAAACUCUAUAGCUUUGAUCAAGCAUUACAAGGAGUCCUUCUCCUACAUUACCAUGAUUAUCUAUGAUGACCUAAAAUAAGCAGAGGAAUUUUGGGCACCAGUUUUAAAGAAGAUUAUUGUAGAACUGGAAAAUUUGCAGAGGUGAAUUACAAAAUUAGUAACGGGGAUGGAAAACAUUAGUUGUGAACAAAGGCUAGUAAAACUACAUUUUGUUUUCUUUAGAAAAAGAGACACCUCAGAGAGGAUAUGAAGGCACAAUACAAACAUGUGCUAUUCUGUUCAUUAGCAGGAAUAUACACCAGAUAAGACUGCUUACAGCAGAGGAAAGGGUUCCUUACGGUAAUUCUCUGCCUACAGAGGUUCUCAUCAGAUUCUAUAGAUAUUAUAAAAAGCUUGGAUGCCUUAAAAGGAAUACUAUAGUUUUAGGAAUACAAAGCUGUAUUCCUGGCACUAUAGCUCCCUCUGCCUCCCCCUUCCCUCGCGCCCCUUUAUUUACUAACCUUAUUCCAGCGCCAAUGUCACUUGGAACUAUGUCGACUCUCCGACCCCUACGACAUCCCACCCCCUCUGACGUUCCUAUGGGGAAAAGUCUGACGCUGGAUGUCCUCAAGCAAAGUGUAAGGACGUCCAGCAUCAAACACCGGACCAAAGGUCCGUUUCAAUCCAGGAAGCCCUCUAGUAGCUGUCUGAUAGACAGCCACUGUGGGCAGAUUUAGUGCUACAAUGUAAACAUUGCAGUUUCUCUGGAACUGAGCACUGAAGUGGUCUGGGUGCCUAUAGUGUCCCUUUAAGGGAUUAAAGGACAGUAAAAAUUAAUGUCUUGGCUCGCGUUGUUAUUUUGUUUCAAAUUUAUAUUUUCCCUAAUUUAUGUUGUUCUUUUUUUGUUGUUUUUUUCCAAAAUGUCUUAAAGUGAUAGCAUUUUAGGACAUUCAUUUGUUUGAGGUUAAGACUGUUUAACCAUGUGUUGGUUUCUAUGAAUAUCAUAAUCAUAUAACGAGGUCUUAUCAUCUAUUAAGGAACAAGCUGAACUGAAAGUUCAAGCCACUGAGUUACGGAAUCGAGAGGAGCAGCUGACACUGGCUAAAGAAGCGGUAGAAAAAGAGAGACAGGAACUGCGACUCGAGAAGGAAAGACUUAAUGCAUUGGCCUUGCGCGUCCAACACAGAGCUGAGGAGAUAGAUCACAUGAGCAAGGUGAAAGAACCAGAAAUAACAGAAGCGUUCUUUUUCAAAGUCCUUGCUUUACUGAAGUGGUUGAAUUUUAAAAAUACCUGUAGAUACUGUAUGUAUACUGUGUGCCAGUAUAAUAGAAAUUUCUGAUUAAAGUCUCUGGUUUCAGAUUGAGUUAAGUAAAAAUUACAUUGUAUGCCAUCAUGAUCAUCAGGACUUUAGGGGAACACUCCAGGCACCAUAACCACUACAGCAUAAUGUAGUGGUUAUGGUGCCAGAAGUGCCCUGACACCUCCCAUUGUAAGUAGACAAACCAUUUCAUAACAUUUUACCUGGGGUUCGCUGGGUGCCACUUCCACCCUCCACUAUCUGAACUGAAAGCUCCUACACAGGGCUUUAACUCAGACAGUGAGAUUCCAGCUGGCUGAAGUAUUGUAGACGGGGAGCAGCGCCCAGCAGACCCCAGGUAAGACAUCAGAUCAUUCUAAAAUGACUACUUACAGGGGCUUGGAGAGCAGCGUGUUACCCCUGGCACCAUAACCAGUACAGUGUGCUGUGCUGGUAAUAUUGCUUGGAGUGUACCUUUAAGGAACUUAUUUCAAAGCAGAAUGUAAUACAUAUUUAAAGGGGCAUCAUAAGCAUUACAACUUAUCAUAGUUUGUGUUGAUGUUUCAUGAGUGUAUAGACACCAUUCCCUCUGUAUUUUGUUCAACUGUUUUUGAGCGGUUUGACAUAAAUUGAGACCCUUUCUCGCACGCAUUGCCUGCCCUUCAGCAUCCAAUUUGGCAUUGUCGGGUGUAAAUCCAUCUAACCAUGGAUGCCUGUUUUAGGCUGAGAGCUCUGUGGACAUGCUGGCAUUACUUUAUUAGGUUGUGAUGACUGCAAAUUGUGUAUCUGUUUCAGUUUAGGGGUUAAUCUAACCUCUUGUAAUUUGUUACUGCAAAAAUCAUAAAUGUAUAGCAACUCUGCCAUCUAGUGGGUGAAUUUUGUAGAGCAGCCUAACAUAACCCUCCAUUCUUUUACCCAGCUGGCUUCUCAGAGAUAUGAGGAUGGAGAAAAGGCAUUAGAAGAGGCAAAGAAGGUAGAAUCUGAACACCACGUGCGUCUCAAAACAAUCCAGCAAAAAUUAAAUUGGCUAAGGCAGGAAGAGGAACGUAUACACCAGGUGAGGAGUGUGUUCUAAAAUGUAUCUUAUACGUUUAUUAUUUUUAAGCUUUUUAUAUUCACUUAGGCAGCUCUGAAAGCUUAGUGAGACACGUUACAGCUAUAGCUUUGACUAUGAAACACCUGAUGUUGCAGAAAUUAUUACUCCAAUGGCUUUCUACUCCUUCUAAGCUAUGGAAUUCUGUCCAGACUAUUUACAAAAGUGAGAAUUUAAAGUGAAUUUCAAAUUCAAGGUAGAACUAGCCGAACUGAAAACAUUCUUAAGUCAGUUGUGCUUGCAGUUUGAUGACUUUGGUCUUAAAUUUGAAAUUCACUUUAAAUUCUCACUGCGGGCAAUAACCCUGUAUGUGUUGCAAAGGUAUUCGUAACUAUAUAUAAUGUUCACACGUGAUUUUAAUAUGACCCUAGGAAAUGUUAUAGAAGAAGCAUGGUUUCUCUGUGGGACCAUCUUCAAGCAUUAAUCCCUAAGAAUAAUACAAAUUGUCGCCUGGUAUUUACUUUAUUUUAUUUGUUAUAUCACUUGAUAUAUUUUGGAUACAUGCGUUGUGUAAUAUACUCUAAAGACACAUUAAAUAUUAAAUAGGAUUUUUAACUAAAGUCUGAAUUGUCAGGAAUUUAAAAAAACUGUCAGGAAGUAAAAAUAUAAUUUUCGGCAUAAAUAUCCAAAUAUGCCGACAUGGAGACUCGACAAAUCACACUUUAAUGAAUAGGCCAGUAGGUUGGUGAUAUUUGUUUGGUGUCUGCCAUAUGCUGUAAAUUGGUAUAACGUAGUGAUUAAAUAUAUAAGACAAACAAGGUAUAAAGUAUUCAUUGACAAACAAAUAAUAGUGAUAGUUUGUCCAUGGUUAUAUUUUAAGGUGCUGAUUGUAGCUCUUUUAUUCAUUUUAGAGGACUUUUUUUCACUUUUAUACUUUAUCUAAAGUAUUUGUUAAUCGCUUUCCUGCCUCGUUUUAUGUUCUCUGCAUAUUUUGCUUUGUACUUCUUUCUACCAUGUUGUGGUUUCUUUCAGCAACGUCUUAACCUGACUAGCCAGAGAAGACAACUUGACAAACUCCACCAGGGACUUCCCACUUCCUCAGCCCUCUUUCCUGCAGUGCUCCAGGAGCCUCAUCUAAUAUCGCAGCUUCCUGGACUUCAGAGUGUUAAUGGUAAGCAUGGCUGGUACCUGGCUGGACAUGUACUGUGUAUACACAAUCUUAAAACGACUACUAAAGAGUGUAUUUAUUUUAAAGGACACGCAAACGCCAAAACUACAGACCUGAUUCAGAAAAAGAAUGAAAGGAACAUUCUAAAAAACAAAACAACUUUAACUUAAUGAAGCAGUAUUAGUGUGUAGAUCAUGCCCCAGAAGUGUCACUGCUCAAUUCUCUGACUUUUAGGAGUUAAAUCACUUUUGCUUCUCCUUGUCUUGACUGUUAUAGCCUCCAUUAAAAAAAGGUUUUCAUUUUCAAUAAAAUUUACAGCACAGUGUGUUUACACUACAGUGUGUUUUCUAAUUGAACUUUAUUCACACACGAGGCUCAUGCAGGAGAUAAGAAAUUUGAAAUGAAACACACUUUGCAUAAGGGAUGCUAAAAAAAAAAAUCUAUACACCAAAACCAAUUUUUUUUUUUUAAUUCUUUAUUUUCAAUGACAGAAAUUUCAGACAUGAGAACAGUACUUGGGCUUAUGCAAAAGCCAAAAUUCGUGUUUUACAGUAGUUUCACAGUAAUAGAGAAAAAAGAGAAUGAAUUGUUAAAUGGUAAUGCAACUGUUCAGAGUUCUUCCUUGCGGUCUUGUUCUGUCAGGGUUUUUACAUUUAUAUAGAAAACUAAACAGAUUUAAGUGUUAACCUUAAACAACAUAAAAAUAGGAUGUGUUGCCAACACUUUCAUGUGAGGCGUAUUUAUUUAUUUAUUUUUUGUUUUAUAGAUUCUUUUUAUUUGAUAGAAAAAGGAAGUGCAUAUGUGUGUCAAUGACUGGGCCUGCGCAGAAGCCUUUGAGAAAAGUGCAUAUAUGGGUAAUAGCUGGCUGACUUGCGCUGAAGCCACCAAGGGAGUGCAUACAUGUGUGUCAAUGCUUUAGUCUUGCGCAGAAGUCGGGACAACAGUGCAUAUUCAUGCCAGUACAGUGGCUUACGCAGAAGCCUCCUUGCAUUUUCAAUUGGUUCAGUUGCACCUUGGUGAGGGUGGGCAAGUCAAGGCAAGAGUCACGGCUAUGGUCGCUGCUAAUCUCGUCAGCGGUUAGUUUGUUAUCUUUUGGUGUGCUGAGAUAACUCUGCGUGGUUUGUCCGUGAGGUCUUGCCUUGAGUACACAUGUCACUCCAAUUAGCGUGAUUUUGUACAGGUGUUGACUAAACAUAUCAAAACAGGUAAUCUAAAAUCUAAAAUCUAGUAUCAACUAGCAACAUUGUAUUUAAUUAUACGGUGAGUUGGUGCCGCUGUCUCCACAGCUCGGACGAGGGGCGUUGUGUGUCCCUUUGUCGUUGGCCCUAUGUGUGUGUUCGGUCUCCCUGUCCGCCCUCCGUGUUUUCCUGAUAUUGUUCCCAUAGAUCCCAUAUUUUGCUAAAUUUUUUGGUGGUGUGCCUGACCAGGGAAGUUAAUCUGUCCAUUAGAUAAUUAUCUUUUAUCUUUGCUACUACCAGUGCUACCGGGGGCAUUUCCGGACAUAGCCAUUUCUGUGCCAGUGCUCUACGGGCUGCUAAGUAUAUCAUAUUUAACAGUUGUUGUUCUGGGCGUGGGAGGCCGUCUGUUGGCCUUGAUAGGAGGCAGGCCCAGGGGUCCAGUUUCAGUGGUCUCUGCAAUAUGUUAGUGCUUAGUUUGAUGAUUAGCACCCAGUAGGUCUGUACCAAGGGGCACUUCCACCACAUGUGCACAUAGGUGCCUUUUUCCCGCAGCCGCGCCAGCACAGGUCUGUGGGGGUGAUCCGCAUGCGGAAUUGUUUCAAUGGUGUGGUGUACCAUCUAAAAAGUGUUUUAAAUGACUGCUCCUGAAGAGUGACACAUAUUGAUGAUCGGGCCGUGGCCUCCCAAAUGUCCUGCCAGUCGGAGCCCUCUAAUGUCUCCCCCAGGUCUGUCUCCCACUGGUCUGUGUAUCGUAGCUCCCCACAUUCCUUGGCCUCCCCGCUAAGGUGGGAGUAUAGUAGCGAUAUUAGUCCACUGGGGUGCUUUUCCUGGUAGCAUAUGUUUUCGAACCAGGUGAGUGGGAGAGAGGCCGUCUCCUUGACUUCUUUUGAGUUAGCAAAGUCACGUAAUUGGAGGUAGCGGAAGAAAUCUUUGGUGGUAAAGGGGGAUCGUUCCCUGAGUUGGUCGUAUGUGACUACGUGGCCAUUGUUAUAUAGGUGGCAAUAUCUCUGGAUGCCUGCUCUCUCGAGCCCUCUAAAGUCGCCCGCUGUCAUACCUGGUGGGAAGGAUCGGUUCCUAAGUACCGGAGACAUUGGCGAGGGGAAUCUGCUUAGGGAGUAUUUAGUCGCUGUUAGAUCCCAGAUUCUUAGGGAGUUCGUUAUUGCUGGGCAGGUCACUCUGGGGAUUGCUAUAUGUGUCCUGUGUAGCCAGGGGUAGAGUUGCGGUAGAUCUUGCCCCAUUAGUGAGGUUUCAAGUUCUACCCAUCGACGCGUGUCCGGUGUGGAGUGCCAAUAUGCUAUUUGCGCUGUUUGCGCUGCUAGAUAAUAGAGGUACAUGUUCGGUAGUCCUAGUCCCCCUCUGUCUUUGGGCCUAUACAGGAGUUUCCUGGCUAUUCUGGGUCGUUUCUUUUGCCAGAUGAACCUAUCUAUUGCCUUUUGUAGCGUGGCUAAGUCGCUCCUUUUAACCUGUGUGGGCAGGGCCUGGAACAUGAAUAGUAACCUGGGUAGAAUAUUCAUCUUAAUUGAGUGGAGCUGUCCUAGCCAUGAAAUGGGUUUGUCUGUCCAUUGCUCUAGGUCUCUUAGGAGUGUGCGGAGCAGUGGGGAGUAGUUAGUGUCGUGUAGGAGUUCGUAUUGUCCAGUAAGUUUGACCCCUAGAUAGGGUAUGUUAUUAGCUGUGAUGGGAAGUCGGUAUCUGUCGUAUAUUGUGGUUUUAUCUUGUGUUCGAAUGUGGAAUGGUAGUGCCAUGGAUUUGACCAGGUUCACUUUAUAGCCCGCAAGAGAUCCGUAAUUGUCUAGGACAGUGAUGGCGAACCUAUGGCACGCGUGCCACAGGUGGCACGCCGGGCCCUUUCUGUGGGCACGCGGCCACAGGUCCGCCAUCAAUGCAGAGUAGGCGCCUGUCUGCCCGAAACGGCAGGCGCCUACUCUGCUUCCGGGUCGGGAGGCAGGGGGAGGGCUCUAGGAAGCAGCUCCCCUGUCCUCCCGCACGAUGCUGUGUGGAGCGUUGCCGCGCGUUACCAUGGCAACGCCCCACACAGCAUUGCGCGGGAGGACAGGGGAGCUGCUUCCUGGAGCCCUCCCCCUGCAGUGCUUACCACCACCGGACCACCAGGGAUCGCUGUGUCCCCCCCCUCCCCCCUCAUUAAAGGUAAGAAGGAGGGGGGGAGGUAUACUGACACAGCACCCUUACCCCCCCAGAAGUACCCCUACCCCCCCAGCAGAACCCCUACUCCCCCAGCAGUAACCCCUACCCUCCCCAGCAGUAACCCCUACCCCCCCAAGCAGUAACCCCUACCCUGCCCAGCAGUAACCCCUACCCCCCCAAGCAGUAACCCCUACCCUGCCCAGCAGUAACCCCUACCCUGCCCAGCAGUAACCCUUUACCCUCCCCAGCAGUAACCCCACUUCCAGCAGUAACCCCCGCCACCCCUGCCCACCAGCAGUAACCCCCUACUCCCUCCCUCUGUGCAGCAACCCCCACUCCCCAAGCAGGUCCCUUACCCCCAAGCAGUAAAUCCCCCUACCCCCCAAAGCAGUAACCCCUGUACUCCUCCCAGCAGUAACCCCUUGCACUCUAUACACAGUAACCCCUACCCUCCCCAGCAGUAACCCCUACCCCCCCAGCAGUACCCCUAACCCACACAGUACCCCUACCCCUCCGCAGCACCCUUACACAUAUAGCACACACACACAGAACACCCCACAUACAACACUCACACGCACCCCCCACCUCAAUGCAGUAUGUGUGUAUUCAGCAGUCUGUGUGUGUGUGCGUGUAUUCAGCAGUCUGUCUGUGUUUGCGUGUAUUCAGCGGUCUGUGUUUGCGUGUACUCAGCAGUCUGUGUGUUUGCGUGUACUCAGCAGUCUGUGUGUGUGUGUGUACUCAGCAGUCUGUGUGUGUGUGUGUGUACUCAGCAGUCUGUGUGUGUGUGUGUGUACUCAGCAGUCUGUGUGUGUGUGUGUACUUAGCAAUCUGUGUGUGUGUGUGUGUGUGUGUGUGUGUGUACUCAGCAGUCUGUAUGUGUAUUCAUCAGUCUCUGUAUUCAGCAGUCUUUGUGUGUGUAUUCAGCAGUCUGUCUGUGUAUGUAUUGCAUUUGUUGGAGAUACUAAUAAAUAUAAGCUCAAUUUUAUCUAUUUAUAUCAUUAUUUAAAAUUUGUAUCAUUGAACUCUGUGUUCUUUUAAAACAAAAGUUAUUAGUUCGGACAACAGUACGAGUUGUUUUUAUCUAAACUUAAACCUCAGUAUUUGGGUUUAAUUGCCAUGUUGGCACUUUAAGGAGAAAAAAUGUUGGCAUGUAUUGCGGUUUGGGCACUCGGGCUCAAAAAGGUUCGCCAUCACUGGUCUAGGAGGUUGGUCAGAUGUUCCAUGGAUGUCAAGGGGUCUGUGAGGGUCAGCAGCACGUCGUCCGCGUAAGCGGAGACUUUGAAGGAGUUCCCUGCUACCCUUAUUCCAUGUAUGUGUGGGUGUUGGCGUAUGGCUAGUAGUAAUGGUUCUAGGGAGAUGGCGAAAAGCAGUGGGGAUAGGGACACCAAAACCACUUUUAAGUUAAAGUUGUUUAGGUGCUUAGAGUGUCUCUUUAAGCAAAUUUGAUUUUUUUUUUUUUUUUUUAACAUGACAUGCUUUUUUUAUAUUAGUAUUUCGUAAAGAAUUUCUGCAUCAAGAAAAAAAUGUUCUGCCACAUCCCAUGAGAAUAAAUUACCCUAAAUCCCAAAUGUAUGUUUUUCACGUUAGUAGGUAGUUACAGGAUAUAUACCAUUUCCAAACAUUAAAUCUCUCCCCUCACCCCAAACAAUUUAGAUCAGUUUUACAACAUAACAAAAUAGUUUACACCCUGACUUCUAGCCCAAACUAUGUAUUUCUUGAAAGCAAAAUACCUAAUGAAUUUCACUAGAUGCAUUUCAAUAGUACACUUGCAACUGUUUUAUCAUAGUAGAGUAUGCCUCCUCCGUUAGUUUUUACAGUUUAUCCAUAAGUCACAUCAUGAUUUAAUCUAUGCAAUUCUCUACUAGAUAACAACCUAUACAAACUUUCUAACUAACGCUGAAUGUACUGCUAUAGCUGAUUGCUUUAUAUGAGAGAAAAAAAGGUUGGGGGGUAUAUUUUUUCACCGUAAGAAAGCCGAUCUACUGCGAAAGAUAACAGGGUUAUAUGUUAAACACCAGAUUUUUAGUAUGGAGGGACAAAAUUCUAUUGCAAAUGGUCGCAUUCCGACCAUUAUGAAUAGUGUCAAUUAUCUUACGUUAUAAAGCCUAUUCCAGUCAUAAUUCGGUCAAUCCGACAAAAAUAUGUACAAUUCGGCCACAUGCAUUCAGUGUCUGGUUUAAAAUCAGUGCUUUUCGCAUCUGAUUUUGUGUUUUGUACUUUUUUUUUUUUUUAAAUCACCAGAGAAACAGAGAUGUGUGACAGGCCGAACAUGAUGGGCAUGAGUCUUUUUUCAGAUCAUAUUACAAUGUAAUAAUAAUGAUGGAUAUUCUUAUAGUAUCAGGUUUAUUAUUGUACCUGAGGCUGCCUGUAAUAACUAUAGGUGUGACAUUGUAGGGCUAGGGAAGCUAGGGGUUAGUGUGUGGAAGGUUAGGAGAACAUACGGCUAAGGGGCUUCUGCCUCCAAGAUGCAUAUCCCAAUAAUAAGUGUUACAAUACACAGUAUUGUAAAAGCAGACAACCUCUAAGCCCCAUUUAAGGCGGACCUAUCUUUUUUUUAAAAAAAUAUUAUUUAUUUAUGCCCCCUGUAUCUCAAUGAUCUACUCCCCUCUUUGUCACUGGCAGUUUUUAUGUUUAUUAUGUUUGCUUUCCUGUGCUGGAAUUCAGUAUCUGAGAGCAGCCAUUUUGUUCUCCUCUGCCCAUGAUGUCAGCUGUUUGCUUUCUGUGUAAAUGAUUUUACUGAUACAUUGUAGGUAAAUUUGAUUGGCAGCUGAAACAGAACCUUCCUUUAAGUUCUGACCAUUGUCAAGCUUUGUCAGCCUGACUGCUAUACAUGAAGAAAAGUAGUACCUACAUUUAUUUAUGUAGUUAAUGAAAACUAGAGCGCUCGCAAAACAAUAAGAGCUUUAGACGCAAGGAGCUAUAUAGAAACAGAUUAGAUGAAGACUCUUUUUGCCACUUGAAACCCCCUAACCCGAUCUAACCUCUCCCUACCUUCAUGUCAGGACAGUCACACUCUGCUCUUCUGUCACCAGUCAAAAAAAACCAAACAUAUAAUUAAUUUAGAAAUAUACAAAGUGAAUAACCAAAUGGAAAUCAGGAAAUUAUGAAAAUAGUUGCUUUUUAUUCAGAUGUUUUUUAAAGUUUUACAUUCAAUCUCUCAGCAGCCACUAGUGUCCCAGGGAAACCGGAGGGUAACCGAACACUGCAAACAUCAGAGUUUCAGGCCAAACUUGCACUACUUAAACUCGCUGCACUGCAGGUAAGAUGAGUAGAUUCGUCCUUCACAAUAUGGAAACUUGCAAAUCAACAAUUUCAGGGUUAUUUACUAAAAUGACAAUUGUCGAGAAUUCAAAGUGAAUUUCAAACUUAAAACCAAAGUAGGUGAACUGGGAGCAUAGCUAACUUGAAGAAUUCCUCCAGUUUGGCUAUUUCGGCCUUAAAUUUAAACUUCUCUUUAAUUCUCUUUAAUUCCCAGCAAUUCUCAUUUUAGUGAGUAACUAUUCGCAACUACUAUAGGUUAAACAUGCAAUAUCCACCAAGCAGAUGUUUGAAGGUAAAACCCACUUUUUUUUCAAUUGCUUUAUAAAGAAAGGAUAUGUGGGUUUAUUUACAAAACUAGGAUUUUUUUUUUUUAAACAUUUGAUAACGUCAAUAUACAGUACCGAAAAAAAUAAGGAUUGUGAUAAUAAAAUUUGAAUUGAUCUAAGGCAGGAGUGGUGAUAAGGGGCCGGCCUACGCUGAAAGGUGGGCAUUCGGUUCAGAAUUAUUGUCUUGGUGUGCAUACAUAACGAAAGAAAGAAAGUCACACUACUGCAAAAGAGAGAUGCUUCAAUCAUCUUAAAAUAAAAGGCCUUUAUUCAUAUACAGAGCACGGCUGAAUUGGGUAUGGGGGAGCAAUGGAUAGUCUCUAACGCAAUUCCUGUCUAAAUGGCACUUCAUCAGAGUCUCUGAUGAAAUGCUGAUUACGGCAAAAAUGCAUUAGGGGUAUAGAGUGCUCCUCCUGUUGUUUCAGCCAUGCCCUGUUUGUGAAUAAAGGCAUUUUUUUUUUUUUUAAAGAUCAUCAAAGCAUCUAUCUUCUGUGAAGUCUGGCUUUCUUUCAUUUGCUUUGUUUUGGCAGUGGUGAAACCUGCAGAUGCUUCUCCCAAAUUUCGAUGUACUUCUUGUAAAUAAAACACACCUAUUUCUGUUGAAUUUGGUCAUUUUUUUCUAGCUAAGGGAAACCAUGUGCAGGGCUUAAUGACCUUAGAUUAGUCUGCACAGCACAAGCACAUCUGUUGAUGUACUGAGGCCACACUUUCUGGGAACUUCAGAGAAGGAACCCUGAAUGGUCGGACAAUACCCUAAACUCGGGACUGUACUGCCGAUCCAGGACUUUUGGAAUGUAUAAAAAAAACAACACCACAUAUAUGCCAAUGUCAAGCGGAUGGUUAGGUUAAAUUGCUAUUUUUUUCUCUUCUAACAGGAUAAAAACUUUCUGGAGGAUGAGCAAAUUUUCUUGGAAACCCUCAAAAAAUCUAGUAACUCAUGGUCACAAGUUGCAUGAUGGGAAGACUUAUAGAAGAUGCCCAGUCUGAGACAAUAUCCCAGACGCAAGAAAAAUAAGCACUGCUCAGCAAUUAACUCAACUCCCAGUAUAUCCAUUACUUAUUAUGUUUUGUAUAAAUUCUCUAUUUUUUUUAUAUAUAUAUGUAAUAAACUUUUG